AUUUUCGCACAGAUCGAUAGGCAACGCCCCAAAAUAAACAAAAGAAAUUUGUUUAUAGAAAUGCUCAUAAAUGUUGUAUUAAUUAUAUUGUUAGUGGGCUUGAGCGGAGAAGCCAGUAAACAAAAUGAAGGACUUUGCAGCCCAGAUGAAAAUUCAUCCUGCGCCGACAGCAUCGAUACUCAGGAUGAAUUUAGCUACAACAUUCUACGAAAUAUAAAGAAAGCACUGGCCAGCUAUCAGCCGUGCAGCAGCGAUGCGAAUGAUGCCAACUGCAGCUGCCACCCGGCGGUAAUCAAGCGAGAUCUGGCUCCCUACAAGGCAACAGGUGUCAGCCGCCAGAUGAUCGAGAGCUCCGCCAAGUUCGGCACUCGAUACAAAAUAUACGAGAAGCGUCUGUACCGCGAUGAGAAUUGCAUGUUCCCGGCACGCUGCCAAGGCAUCGAACACUUCCUGCAGCCGCUGGUGGCGACGCUGCCCAACAUGGAUCUGGUGAUAAAUACGCGCGACUAUCCGCAGGUAAACACUGCCUGGGGCAACGGCGGACAGGGGCCUAUUCUCUCCUUCUCCAAGACGAAGGAUCACCAAGACAUCAUGUAUCCCGCGUGGACCUUUUGGGCUGGCGGUCCGGCCACAAAACUGCAUCCCCGUGGCAUUGGGCGGUGGGACUUGAUGCGGGAGAAGCUGGAGAAACAUGCAGCAGCCAUACCCUGGUCGCAGAAGCGGGAGCUGGGCUUCUUUCGCGGCUCGCGCACCUCGGACGAGCGUGACUCCCUGAUCCUCUUGUCGCGCCGCAGUCCGGAGCUGGUGGAGGCGCAGUACACCAAGAAUCAGGGCUGGAAAUCGCCCAAGGACACGCUGGAUGCGCCGCCCGCCGACGAGGUGUCCUUCGAGGAUCACUGCAAGUACAAGUAUCUGUUCAAUUUCCGUGGCGUGGCAGCCAGCUUUCGGCUGAAGCAUCUGUUCCUGUGCCAGUCGCUGGUCUUCCACGUGGGCGACGAGUGGCAGGAGUUCUUCUACGACCAGCUCAAGCCCUGGGUGCACUAUGUGCCACUGAAGAACUACCCCAGCCAGCAGGAGUACGAGCAGCUGCUGACGUUCUUCAGGAAAAACGAUGCACUGGCCCAGGAAAUUGCUCAGCGUGGCCGCGACUUUAUCUGGCAGCAUCUGCGCAUGAAGGACAUCGAGUGCUACUGGCGAAAGCUGCUCAAGGGCUACGUGAAGCUGCUCACGUACGAGGUGCGGCCAGAGGAUAAUCUCAUAUACAUUAAGCCAGCCAAGGACGAGCUUUAGUUUCAUAAUUAAGUGAGAUUCUUAGAGCGUCGAAUAUAUUUGUAUUUUAU